GAAGCACCCUGACCUCAUUCAUAUUAUUGUUGUUGCUCCUUCUAUAUUCCACUUUAUUCCUCUGUCCCAGCAUAAGGUACUUUAGUAUCUUUGACGACCAUGGCUGAAAAGAAGAAUACCGAAGAUGAAAUCUCCAAGCUCUUUGAGGGCAUUGAGAAUAAUGAGUCCACCCCUGGCAAAGAUCCCAAAUCAACCAAAACAACAGCAACAAUGCCCGACCCGCAAGCAGAAAAUGAUCUGCUUGCUGAGCUUGGUAAUCUAGCUGCGGAGAGGCCAGCCAGUCGAUCACACACUCCGAGAGCUGUAUCAUCAAGCAACAGAAAAUCACCCAUGCCAGCUGCCAACGACAACAACGGCACGCCUCCUCCUCCAGCUGCAUCAGAAAGAACGAGUGAGGACAAGCUUGCUGCCUCUACUUCUACGUUGCCAAGGAAAUCUGGGGAAAGCACUAGACCUCUUCACAGGGCUGCUACCCCCAAUGAAUUUUUAGAGAAAUCCUCAUCGGACUCAAGCAUAACAGCAAGUCAACAGCCCUCGGCCCCAUCGGUACCGCCAACAGCACAGCAGCAGCAGCAGCAGUCAAACGGAGGUGGAUGGUGGGGUGGCAUCUUUGCUACCGCCAGCGCCACAGCGAGCGCGGCAGUAAAGCAAGCCGAGGCUGCAGUGAAAGAGAUUCAGAAGAAUGAAGAAGCUCAACGAUGGGCUGAACAAGUCAAGGGCAAUGUAGGAUUGCUCAAGGGCAUAGGCGGCGAAUUACGCUCCCGUGCGCUUCCAACAUUUACUAAUAUUCUCCACCACAUUGCUCCGCCAAUCUCCACCCACGAGCGUCUCCAGAUUCACAUAACCCACGACCUCGUGGGCUACCCUUCCCUUGACCCGCUCAUUUACCAAACAUUCUCUCGCGUCAUGGCACAAGUCGAAGGCGGUGACCUCAUGGUCAUCCAGCGAGGCCGAGAAUCAGCCCCACGUCGCGGAUCAGACGUUGGUUUCACCGGCGGCAGCAGCAGCGGAUGGAAUGACGGUCCUUGGUGGCGAAGCUCUUCUGAAGCGCGAGACAUUGGGUCAGUCAAGGGCAUCGUCGAGGGCACCAAGCUGGCAAGAGCCAGCGCAGAGUCAUAUGCAAACCAGUAUUUUGGAUCUCGCGGCGGUGUCGAAGCGGCGGCAAAGCAAGCCACUGAAGUCCUCAGUGAAACAAACCCCGUACGCUCGAGCGACAUCUUUCUCGCAAUUCAAGCCAUUGGCUACACUCUUCCAGAGGACCUCUUUGACGGUCCCAAACCAACAGACAAGCCCGAGGCCGUUGAGGAUCCGGACGACAAACCCGACGAGCUUGUCACUUUUGCAAUCUAUUUGCAUGACCCCAUUCAUGGCAUCGACUUCAAAACUGUUACCCAGGCUUUUCCUCAGCAGUGGAUCAACUGGCUGGACGCCCGUUCUGGUCCAGUCGACGAAGAAGGCUAUCCUGGCUUUCCCGAAGAGAUUGCAGAGAUUAUUGAGACUGGAGGCGUCGAUCCGCGCGAGUGGGUGUCCGAGUGGGUCGAAGAAGUCCUGGCCCUCGGCGUCGGCACGGUUGCCCAGAGAUAUGUUGCCAAGCGCAUGGGUGUUGGCCAAGGAGGCAUAGGACGAGGAAAGGCCAAGCAAGCUAUUGAGUCGGGUGCGGGAGAAGCAGCUAGAGCCAUAUGAUUCUUGAUUUUCCCCUUUUCUUUCUUUUCUUCCCGCACCUCUUCUGUCUUCUCUUGUUCCCUUCCUAACAAUAAUUCGAAAGGCCCUCGGCACUAGUAUCAAGAUAUAUGGCGUUUCUUUUCCUUUUCCCUUUUCUUUUCACGAAAGCGGCGGAGCAGCCCUCUUUCUUCUCUAUACCUCACUCGUUCGUUAAUAUCGUAACCCUUUUUUUCAAAUUAAAUGCCUUUACAAAUAUCCUUGCAGUCUACUACUAUCAAAUAAAUAAUUACUUUAUCAAAUGAAGAAUGGUUACCGUACAGUGUCUUUCCAGUCUCGAACUCUUCUUUCUUCUUGGAUGGGGUAUAUCAAUGUGUAUUUAAAUAUUUGCCUAAAUUUCCCCCAUCUUUCAUGGCAAUGACCAGUCAUGAGACGAAAGAAAGCUCAUUUCUUUAUCAAUCCCGGAAUU